CCUAACCCUUUGCAAAAGUGGUAAAUUUAUGAAACUUUCAGACUACAUUUCCUAAAAAAAAAAAAAUCCUUUUGAACAAGUUACAAUUUUAUGUGAAGGCCUUUAGCCUUGCAAGUUAUUGCAAACAUUAGGCAGAAGUUUGCAACAAAAAUUAACUCGGAUUGGGCAAAUUUUCAUGGCAUAUAUUAGCACAACUUUAUAAAACAGGAGAAAAUUUAACAACAAUAACAUUUGGAAUUGGAAAAAUUAUGCGGGGUCAUAAUUAUAAGACAUUUACUUUACGUAAAUCUGCCAUAUUAGUUGAGAAGAUUCAUUUUGUCAAAGCCCAAAUCCAUUAACAAUAAAUUAUGGGCCAAACCCAUUAACAAUUAGGGCUUUGCUUAGCCACUCUUAGUAUAUAAAUUCAAAACGUAGGGUUUUAUAUUCCCAUUUCACUCAGCCGAGCGAGAGAGACAGAGAGAGAAGUCGAGAGAAAAACAAUCCGCGGCGGCGAAGAUGGUGAAGUUCUUGAAGCCAAACAAAGCAGUGAUCCUUCUUCAAGGUAAAUACGCCGGUAGGAAGGCGGUAAUCAUCCGUGCAUUUGAUGAAGGAACAAGGGACAGGCCAUACGGUCAUUGUUUGGUUGCAGGUAUUUCCAAGUACCCGAAGAAGGUGAUUCGCAAGGAUUCAGCAAAGAAGCAGGCGAAGAAGUCUCGGGUUAAGGCGUUUAUCAAGCUGGUGAAUUACACUCACAUCAUGCCUACUCGCUACACUCUCGAUGUAGAUCUGAAGGAUGCUGUCAAUGUUGAUGUGCUUUCGACUAGGGAUAAGAAGGUUACUGCUGCGAAGGAGACUAAGGCUAGGUUUGAGGAGAGGUUCAAGACCGGGAAAAACCGGUGGUUCUUUACCAAGCUUAGGUUCUGAGCUUUUGUGCUGUUUUGGAAUUUCUGGUAAUUUUGGUUUUACGACUUAAUUCGAUUUUGAUGAAAUGGUGGUACUCGUAGUAUUCAAGUGUUGAUGAUGGAUACUGAAUUUGCUAUCAAGAUAUUAUUAGGCUGCUUUUGAUGUUGCUUUAUUUUUAUUGAAGGAUAAUUUCUAGCUCUCCCUUCAGUUCAUUUAAUCUGAAGUUUGAGUUCCUUGAUA